UAGAUAACAUUAAAAUAUUUUUCAUCUUCUGCCUCGACGAGGAGACGACGAAGGCGGUGACGAACUCGGAGCUUAGUUUGGAAGACGAAGGGAGCUUGCUGGAAACCGACGGCCGACGGAUGUCCGGCGGAAACUCGAGCGGCGCCGACUGGAGCUCUACGAGGAAGGCUGAGUGAAAUUUCUGUAGAACUGACUACUCUUUAAGUUUCAGGAUUUCGCAUAUCGCAUUGGAAGUUCUGCUCUACCUUGAUCGGCGCCAUGGAAGAAUGGUUUGGUGGUCCAAUCAUGGAGAAGCUCGUCAGCACUGGCUUUGAGUACUUGAAACAUCAAGCCAGAUGGCAGACAGGCAUGAAGGAGGAGCUGGAAAGGUUGCGAGAGAAUUACCCCAAGAUCCAAGCCGUGGUCCUUGUUUCCAGCCAAGCACAGAUCACAGACCAAAACCCGGAUCUGAACAAAUGGCUAUGGCAGCUACGAGAUGCCAUAGAUGAAGCAGAUGAUGUGCUCGAUGAGUUUGAGUACAUGAAGCAUGAAAAUCAGCUGAACGAAAACAAGGAGCAAACAAAGCUGCGUUCCGCCAUGAGCUCCAUGAAGAAAGGAAUUGUUAAAAUUGGUAAACGUGCUCUCCAAAUUGAUCCCUUAUUGAAAAAACUGGAGGAGGUUGUGAAGAAGCUUGAUAGAGUAUCAGCUGAUGUUGGCAAUUUUCUUCAUCUUUUAGAAAGCACAAAGCAGGAGCAACAGGAGCAGUUGAUUGAUUUGUACAAAACACGUGAAACGGGAUCCUUGCCUAAAAAUAAUCUUAUUGGUCGAGUUAAAGAAAAAGAAUUUGUUAUGCAGUGGUUGAGGAAGCCAUCAAAUGAAAAUGAGACUCUUAGUACUAGCACUACUUCGUACGGGAGCAACAUUUCUCUUCUCUCUAUAGUGGGUCAUGGUGGUAUGGGGAAGACAACUCUCUUGCAACAUGUCUAUGAAGAUGAAAUCACAAGGGAAUUUAAUCUUAAAAUGUGGGUUUGCGUUUCCAAUAACUUUGAUGUGAAAAGAGUUUUUAGAGAUAUGCUGGAAUGUCUUAAAAUGAAGAAGCCUGAUUUGGAAUCACUUGAGGCACUUCAAAGAAGUCUUAAAUCUGAGGUGAUUGCCAAGAAGUUCUUACUUGUGCUGGAUGACAUUUGGGAGGAGUCAGAGGAGCAGGAUAAAAGCAAAUGGGAGAAUGUGCUCGCUCCUCUGACUUAUGGAAGUUUGGGAAGUAAGAUUUUGACAACAACUCGGAUGGAUUCUGUUGCAUUGAUGAUUGCAAAGGUGAUUAAUAAGAAGAAGGAAACAUUUAGAUUGGAGGGCUUGGAGGAGGAUGCCUGUUUACAUCUCCUCAACAAUCAUGCUUUUGCUAAUGUAGAGAAUCCUGAUGUUCAUCAUCCUAAAUUAAGAUCCAUAGCAGUUGAGAUUGUAAAAAAGGUUUAUGGAUCUCCGUUAGCAGCAAAGGUCAUGGGUGGUAUUUUGAAUUCUAACUUGGAUGAAAGGCAUUGGAUGAAAGUUUUAAAUAGUGAUAUUGGAAAUGGAGAAAUGGGCAAAAAUGAUAUAUUUCCGAUCUUAAGAUUGAGUUAUAUGUUUCUACCGAAGCCUCUACAAAAUUGUUUCUCAUUUUGUGGCAUGUUUGCGGAAGAUCAUUUGUUUGAUAAAAAUGAUUUAGUCCGAAUGUGGAUUGCUUUGGGUUUCAUUCAUACAUCUAAUGUUCGAGGAGGAGAUACUAUGAAGGAUAUUGGAAUAAGGUAUUUCGAGGUUUUGGUACAAAAAUCUUUUUUUCAGACUGAGGACUAUGGCAAUUAUUAUACGAUGCACGAUUUAUUACACGAAUUGGCACAAUCUAUUUCUGCACAGGAGUGCUUUAGAGUUAUGGGUGAUGAAAAGUUACUUCAUACAAUUCCUGAGAGUAUUCGACACUUAUCUAUUGAAACUAAAAAUUUAGAUGUGCUUAGAAAGGUGACAAAAUUUAGAAAAUUGCGUUCACUUCAUUUAACUUACUUAGUAGAUGAUCAAGAUUUUAUCUGUGUGCUCGGUGAAAUCUUCAAAGCAUCAAGAAGCAUACGUUUGUUAUAUAUACAUGCUCUAGACUUGAAAAUGAUGCCCGAGGCAAUUAAAUAUUUGAUACACCUUCGAUACUUAUGGCUUGAAUUUAAUCUCCUUCGGCUGCCAAGAUCUUUAAGUAGUCUUUAUCAAUUGCAAUUCAUAGUCUGUGAUUUUUUUCCAAGAAUUAUUCUUUCUCAUGAUUUCUUACCAAGGGAUAUGAACAACCUUUUUAAUCUUCAUUAUCUGCAAUUACCCUGGGAUCACUUCCCUGGGUUGUAUGGGAUUGGUAAGUUAAACUCACUUGAAGAACUCGAUGGAUUUUAUGUUAAGAAAGAGGAAGGUUAUAGAAUUGGGGAGCUGGAGUAUAUGAAUAAACUUCAUCAAUUAAGAAUCAAACACGUGGAAAAUGUGAAGGAACCAAAAGAGGCUUGCAGUGCUAAAUUAUGUGAUAAAAAAAACCUUACGGAUUUGUCCUUGGAAUGGGGUGAUGCUCCUUACUUCCGUAGAGAGCGUAAAAUUUUAGAUCCCAACUUUGAUGAGAAGGUAUUUGACAACCUUCAACCCCAUAAUACCUUAAAGAAAUUGAGUAUAAAUGCAUACAUGGGUGCCAG